AAAUGCUUUUGAAUUAGCAUUUUUCAAAUUAAUGAAUAAUGCCCUCUUUGGGAAAACCAUGGAAAUCAUGCGGAAACGCAUCCGCAUUGAGCUAAUCUCCAGUCCCGAACGUCUAAGCAAUCUUGUAAACCAACCAACCUUCAACGAUUGUAUCAAAUACGGUGAAAAAUUGUGCGCUGUCAUAAAGGACACGAAAAUAGUAAAGAUUGUUAAACCUAUAUACGUUGGUUUAGCAGUGCUUGAAAUUAGCAAGACGCUAAUGUACAAGUAUUACUACAACUUAUUAAAACCUCAUUAUGGUGACGCAAUCAGUCUGGUUUAUAUGGAUACUGACUCCUUCAUAUACCUGCUCAGAGUCAGAGACUUCUACCAGGAUUUAGUUGAUAGCCACGAUUUACUGAUGCACGUGGACACAUCUAUCCUGCCCAAGGAUCACCCUUGUUACUCAACCUCGAGAAAGAAGAUGCCGUUUUCUUCUGUCCUUUUCUCAAUACGUAUUUCAAUGUUUAAUACCGUAAAAUAAUACAUGAAAAUUCAAAUUUUCACAAACUUCAAAACGCUACAGAAUAUUUACUACUGAAUAUUAAUAAGAUAUUUUUUUACUAAAAUUUUUCUUAA